UAACGAUAAAUUAUAACAGUACGAUAAUGAAUUCAGGACAAAUGAAGACGAUUACAAGUUUCAACUGUUUUAUUGUUUUAUUAAAUACGUACCUAUCAAUAUUAUAACAUAUUAACAUGUCAAUUUUAAUUAUCUAGGAUUAUAUAUUAUAUUUUGUUUAUUUUUUACUCAUUAUGAAAUAUUUUGUUUUAAUAUCGUUGUUCGUUUUCACGAUCAUUUUAAAGGCAUUUGAAUGUCAGGUAAGUACUCUCUAAAACUGGAAAUUAACAAAUAUUCUAAGGCACACACAAAUAUUUUUCCAAGGCAAACCAUUCAAACAAUUGGGCUGUACUCGUAGAUACAUCAAGAUUUUGGUUCAAUUAUAGACAUGUAGCUAAUGUACUAUCUAUAUACAGAAGUGUAAAACGUCUCGGUAUACCAGAUAGGUAUAAGAUAAAAUAUUUAUAAGCGUCACUAAUUUAUGUGUCAGUUGUAUUAGCAUUGGAAUAUUCUAUGUAUUUAUUAUUUAGUCAGAUAAUAUUAAUGGUAGCUGACGAUAUGGCUUGUAAUCCACGUAAUCCUAGUCCUGCAACUGUAUUCAAUAAUGCUGAUCAACAGCUCAAUGUCUAUGGUGAUGAUGUUGAAGUUGAUUUUAGGGGCUAUGAGGUAAAUAUUUCUUCACAGUUAAUUUUAAUGGACUUUUAUUUAAUAUUUUUGAAUUCAUAGGUAACAGUUGAGAAUUUUGUACGGUUGUUGACUGGCCGCUUACCACCAGAUACACCUCGUUCAAAACAAUUACUUACUGAUGAAGGUAGCAACAUCUUAAUAUAUCUGACUGGCCAUGGUGGUGAUGGAUUUCUUAAAUUUCAAGAUUCUGAAGAAGUUACUAGUCAAGAGUUAGCUGAUGCACUUGAACAGAUGUGGCAGAAAAGAAGGUAGGUAAUUAGGAAAAAUUACUGAAUAUUAAUGAAUUUAAAAUCCUACUAAAUAAUGAUAAAUUAACAUAAUAAUUUUUCAUUUUUAUUUUUAGGUAUCAUGAAAUAUUUUUCAUGAUUGAUACUUGUCAAGCCUCAUCAAUGUAUGAAAAAUUUUAUUCGCCAAAUAUUCUUGCAAUGGCUAGUAGUUUGGUGGGUGAAGAUUCUUUAUCGGUAAGAUACUUGUUAAAAAAUAUAAUUUAAACCAAUAAUAUAGGUGCUAAUAUUAUUUAUGUGUAAGUCAUUAUUAUCUAUUAUUUUUAAAAAGAUAAUGCUGUGAAAUAAAUGUUAGUAUAUAUAUUUUUUUUAAACAAUUUUAUUUUGAUUAUAAAGAAAUAUUUUUAAUAAUGACAACAUUUAGCCAUGUUUUAAUUAUUAUUACAUAACAUCAACAAUUUUAUCUAGGUUAAAAAUGAUUAGUGAUAUAAUGUUUUAUAAAAUAUUAAUCUGGCAUUUAUUAUUAUUUUAGCAUCAUGUGGACCCAGCAAUUGGAGUGUAUAUAAUUGACCGUUACACUUUUUACGCAUUAAAAUUUUUAGAGAACGUUAAACUUAAAAGUCGCAUCAGCAUGAAAAGUUUUGUAAGUCAUAAUUUAUUCAAAGUGUGUAAACCAAUACUUUAUGUUUACUAUUUAUUGUACUCAUAGUUAUUGUAUAUACAGAAUGAUUCACGAAGCGUGCUCAUCCCAUUUUUUAGUUGAAUUUUGUAUGCAUUCAAAUUCUAAGUGGAGUUAAAACUGAAACUUUUGAAUACUUAAGCACUAAUAAAACGCAGCACAAUGUAUCGCUACACAAAUGAUACUUCACUACUCUUCCCCUACUUAAUCUGAAAAGUGGAAUAUCUCGUUAAUGGGUUGACGAAAAUUAAAAAUGUUGACACCAAAAUGUAUUUAAAAUAAUACUCUUGUCAAUUUAUGGAAUUUUUGAUAUAGAUUUUCAUUUGAAAAACCAAAGUUGGUAUCACCACAGGAUACAUUUUAAAUGUUGUGAAAAAUCUAAGUAUUCAAAAAAAUUAUCUUUAACUACACUUUAAAAUUCUAAAAAUCAUAAUUUGCAUACAUGCAAAAUUUAACCAAAAAAUGGGGCAAGUAUCUUGGCAGAUCACUCUGUAUAUGUACAAGUUUUUAAUGAAAUAUGGAAGUACACUGACUUAUGAACUUAACUUAAGCUUGAACACAUUUUUUGUUGUUUAAUAAGUAUGUUAGGAAAUUAAUUGUAUUUUUACAUUUUUAUAAGUAACUUAAAAUUUAUAAUUAUAAUAAUGAAGAACACAUUUUGAUGCAUGUACUAUGCUAAAUAUUAGGUAUUUUAUCGAUCUAUAAUUUGAUCACAAUUUGUAUACAUAAGUAUAUAUUAAGGUGGUCCUUCUUUUUGAACUUCAAUAAUUUUGUGCCACGUGCUCGAAAUUCUGUUAGGCAUAUUGUAAAAAUAAUUUUUGUAAAUUUUGGAUAUAAGUUAACCCAUUCAUGUGCUUCAAAAAGGUUAAAGUUUGUAAAAAAACAUGUUUUUGGAUUUUUAAAUUUUUAACAUACGACAUUUACCAGACACUUUAUUAUAGUAAAAUAGAUUUCUUAUAAAACAGUUCUCUUUAAAAUUUUCAUACAAUUUUCUGUUAUAUGUGAAAAAUUGACUUAAAAUUUGGUAAAUUUGUAAUAGGAAAUUCAAGAUUAUGUAAAAUUUCAAAUCUACAAACUUUUAAAUUUAUUUUUCACAUAUGACGAUUGGUUUCACUGAAAUGUUAAAAAUAACUAUUAUGUAGGAAAUAUUGAAGUUAAAGGGGAAAAUUUCAUGAAUUUCGGGUUUUCCGUUUCACGUAUUUCUUAGUGAGAAGUAAACAUUUUCAAUUUUUUUUUUUCCAAAUGUGUGAUUUUUAAUGUUCAAUCCAUUAAACUUCAAUGGGUUGACAGAAAUAAAAAAUUUCAACACCAGAAUUUAUUUUAAAUAAGAAUCCAUCUAUUUUUAAAAGAGGUUGCCAUUUGAAAAUCAAAAAUUGGCAAUCAUUUCACCCCCAAAAAUAAGGGGCACAAAAAAAAAAAAUGAUAACGUAACAUUUUAGAACUAUUUGAUUCUCAGGUUUUCAAAACAAAAAAAAAUUGUAAAAAGUUAAUAUUUUCCAAGAUAAUGAUCGUUUCCAGUUUAGUGAAUCACUCUGUAUACAUAUAUGAAAACUAUAAGCAAAUUCGUAAAAUGCCUGGAAAAAAUACAAAUUACUUAUACAUAUUUGAAAGAUUUAAUUCAAUUUAAAUCAGAACUUCAAUCAAAAAUAACAAAUUACAAAAAAAAAAAACUAUUUUAACUAUAUGCAUACAAUUUAUUAAUAAAUUAUGGGGUAUUUUCUAUUUUUCUGUUUACUGGUAAAACAUACCUAUAUAUUCAGAAGAGUUAUGAUUGAAUAGUAAAAUUUGUCCAUUCAAAGCAAGGGUUCCAUAGAUGAAACCAAAAGAAAGUCAUAAUUUGUUUGUAUUUUUUUAUAAAUACAUUUUUUUUUUUUUACUAGUUUUCCUAAAAUCCAAAUUACUCAGGUCUUAGGACAUAUAUUAUUGUCUGAAAUGUUUUUUUGCAGUUAAAUUUUUGCACAUCAGUUCAUUUAUAAAAGAAUCAUUAAGAAAGUACACCCACUACGAGCUGCAUAGUGAAAACUUAAAAUUAUUAUAAAAAAAAUUAACUAUGUUAUUAGAUCAAUAAUUUAAACAUAUACAUUUUUUAUUAUUUGAAAGUUCUAAAUUAAUAUUCAAGUAUUUUAUUUAAAUUAUUAUUUAAAAAAAAGAAGAUAUGCAAAAUUCUUAAAAAAAAAAUCGUUUUUAUUUUAGAUCAAUUCUUAAAUUAAAUUAGUUCAACAGUUUUGUAUAAUGAGUAAUAACAUGUUUAUUUUAAUUUCCAGCUUGGGGUGUGUCCUAAACAAGAUUGUAUUUCAACUGUUGGUGUGCGAACAGACUUAUUUCACAGGGACCCAGCAAAAGUUCCUAUCACAGACUUUUUUGGAUCAGUGCGACCAGUCGAACUAACAUUUGACUUUUUAGAUAUUUCACAUAUGCCUAUGUUAUAAAUACGUGUUAUUUUGUUAUAUUUUGUUUUGUAUAUAAACUCAGACGAGUACUUAUUAUUUAUAUAUUUAAUUUCAAAUAAUUCAUACAAUAUUAUUUAAUGCUGUUAAUGCUACUUAUUUGUUUCUUAAACUUUUGGUGUACUUGGACCUCUAAUGAAACUUAGAAAUUGCAAACCUCCUACUUAUACUUUUUUUUUUACAAAAUAUUUAUGUUAUCCUAAUCAAUAUUUAUUGAUAGAGCUGUCGCGGACCACUGUUGAAGAACCACUAAUUUAAUGUCAUACUCAUCAUGUAAUUUAUAUAUAGAACAUUAAUUUUAUAUAAAUUAUUCAUAGCGCAUUUAUUACAAUUCUCUACCAUGUGAACUUUAAAUGAAAAUACAAUUUAUGAUCUCAUAAUAACAAUAAUUUUUUUUUAACAUUACAAUCACUAAUAACAUUGAACUUAAAACUUUUUAGAAUUACAGCCAAAUUACUUCAUGAACCAAUUACGAAUUCCAUAUUUUGCAGGCGGUCUUUCUUCAUCUUCAAAAUCUUUAAGACCGACUGGUAAAUCGCUAAAUACUGUAAGUUCUUCAACUGGUUUCGGACGAUUUCCAGUGUAGACCCGUGGUUUGCAAAAGAAACCGUGUUCAGGUCGCUCAAUACCCAAUUUUUCAAAUACACACUUGUCAUACACAGCUUGAGUUUUACGACAGGGUUGAAAGUCCAAGGUGCUACUAGAUUUAUCAAUACAGUUGCUAUAUAUUUGAAAUUCGUCAUAACAAUUGCCUUUCAGCUUUCUGAAGAACUCAAGUGCACAACUAGUGACCGCCUUGCCUUCAUUCAAGCAUUUACGUGGGUCAUUAGUAUCUUCUUUACACAUCAUAAAUUCAUCAUUUACUUCCAAACAAUAUUUUCCUAAACACAAUAAUUACAAAUAGACAUGCUGAUUAUUUGAAAUGUUACAGUAAUAUUUUUUGUAAAUUACCAAUAUGAUGAGCAGCAGCGCGGAGACCUGGAGUGCUGAUUGGCACUUCUUCUACGGUCAAUUCUUCAAACGUGGGUAACUCAUGGUUGUUUGUGACAACCAUUUUCCGAUUAUUUUUUGAAAAUGCGUAGGUACGUAACUGAAAUAAUAUUUGUCCUCAAAGAAAAUUCAUAAAUUAAUAAUGA